AUGCAAUUAAUUAAUAUGCUCUCUUUUCUUCCUCCUUCGCGCAAAACCUUAAGCUCAAAAACCCUACCUACUUCAAACACACCCACCACCUUCAUCGUGCUUCCAAACAAUGGUCAACAAGUCUAAAGCUCAGAAGAAGCAAAAGCGUGGUGUUGAUUUCAAAAAAAUAAAAAGGAAAAUUGGAAGAAAAUUGCCUCCGGCCCAGAAUGCUACUAACACUGAAAUCAAAUCCAAAGCAAUUAUUCUACCUGAGCAAAGUGUAGCUUCAGAGAAGGCUGGUUUAGCUGUGAGCAAGAAAGGUUUAACGUUGAAAGAGCUUCUUCAGCAGACAAGUCAUCACAAUGCUAAAGUUCGUAAAGAUGCUUUAAUUGGAAUUAGAGAUGUUCUUCUUAAAUUCCCUGCUGAAUUGAAACUGCAUAAGCUUGCUGUUAUUGAGAAACUACGUGAACGUAUCAGUGACGAUGAUAAAUUGGUCCGUGAAACACUCUAUCAGCUUCUCAAGUCAGUUAUUUUUCCUGGCUGUAAAGAGGAUAAUAAGGGACCAAUUAAUUCCUUGAUGAUGACAUAUAUAUUUAAUGCAAUGACAAACAUGGCUAUUGAAGUGCGGCUGAUGGCUUUCAAAUUUUUUGACCUCUUGAUCCAGUAUUUUCCAUCAUCCUUUUUAUUUUACGCUGAAAAGAUUCUCCAGAACUAUGAGGACAUUCUGCAGAAGAACAAAUUUUACUUGCAAGACAAGGGCAGGCUAAAGAAUGCUCUUGCUGGGUUGGUUCGCUGCUUGUCACUGUUACCAUGCAGUAAUCAGAAAGAAGGCAACUCCUUAAGCGACAAUGAUGCAGCUCGGGCUAGCUUGCAUGCUUUUGACCUUGAUGUCUCCAAUAAAUCUACUGGUCUUUCUGGUGUUGUCAACAAGUUGACAGAUCUCUUACCCAUUCUAGUUAGCUGCUUCCAGGACUUUAGUCCACUGAUACACUCCACAGCCCAGAUAGAUGCACAAUCCUUCGAUUGUAUGUUGUCUUUACUUCAAAGCAUUGAUCUUGUGGUGAGGUUCUUUGUUCAUGCGUCUGGCAAAUAUCAACAAGACUCCCAAAAUCUGCCACCUCACCAUAAAAACAACCUUAGCAUAUGUGACCAAAGUAUUUCAGUAGUGAAUUUAAAAAAGUUAUGGGAUGAGUUCCCCUUGAGUCCGGUUCAUUGCUUGUCAGAGAAGGACGGUGACCGAUAUUUCACACUGAAUAUUGCGAUUACAGAAAUAUUUUUGCAACUAAGUUAUGGGUCCAAAUUAUCUCCUGCAUUGUUGGAAAGAUUUCUGGAGUUCAUCGAGAGUUCUCUAUCUGAAAAGAUUUGCAAUGGCAGAGAGGCCGGUAAAGUUCAUCAUGAGAAGCAUUUAGUUCCACUGGUUGCUUUUACCCCAAAACUUAUUAUGCAAGUGUCUGGUACUUGGAAGUCUUUGAUCAAUGAUGGUGCUUGGAAGUCUCGUAUCCUUCAGGCUUUCACGACAGUUUUGCAGAAAUGCAGUCCAGAGUCCUCAAUGAAAUUGGUUUGCCUUUCUGCUAUUGAGGAAAUGCUACUUCCUGAGCAGGAUUGGCUUUAUCUGGAUCCUAAGGAUCUUGAAAUAUUUAAUCAUCAAACUGCAUGGAUAAGGGAGCUUCCAAAGCUGUUAGUCCUCUUAGGUGAUAAACACCCAUUACAUGCAAAGGCUGUGUUACGUCUUCAACUUCGUCUUGGACAAGCUGCUAGUUUGAAUGGUCCACUGGCAAAAGAAUAUGACAAUAUGCAGCACAUAAUACGAGAUUUUUACUGCACCUGCCUCAAUGGAACUGUAAGCUAUGGUCCGUUCAUGAGGCUUCCUAGAGAUAUUCAGGAGCUCUCAAUAUGCUGCCUAUAUUACUUUUCUUUCUUGGACACUGUGCUACUUCAACCUUUAGUCUCAUGUUGCAUAUGUCACGAGUUGGAACCAUUUAUCCUUUUCCGAAUCAUAGAAGUUCUGCACUCAUCCUACAAAGCUGGCCAUAUCCAGAUUGCAGAUUAUAUUAGCUUCUUCAUCACUUUGCUUUCACGCUUUCAAGUUUAUCCUGAGAAAAUCUAUCCUACUAAGAAGCAUGAAGGGAAGUCAAAUCGUGGAACCUUCAAAUCAGUUGUUAGGGUUGUUUGUUCUUGUUUGUCGCAGAUUGGAGAUGAUGUGCUCGUUCUGCAGUUGCUGGAAAAAGUUGUUCUUGAUGAGAUAUCUCACAAACGACCAGUAGAUAACAUAUAUGGUUUUAUAAGAUUGCUUAUCACACUGGAUUCAAAACCUACAAGACUUUCCGAGCAGACAAUAAAUAGAUUAAGCGAUGUCCUUCCGGAGUACUUCUUAGAUGUUAUGACUCACAUUCCAGAGGAAGAUAAUGAGUCUUCUAAGAUAUUGAUUCGACAGACGAGGCAUUAUUACCUCCUUCCUGGUUUUUUCUUACUUGAUAGGAGUAACAUACUGUUAAAUCAGAUAUUGAAAGUGAUGGAAUCAUUCAUCAGUGCCAAUGUUUCAACGCUUUUGCCUCAUCAGGAUGGUGCUUUGGUGAAGGAUCAUUCAAGCAGAAUUCUUUCUAUAGCCUCUCUUCUCUUGCUUAUGCAUGGGGAUGUUAAGAUGCAGAAACUUCUUCUGGCAUGCAAGACAGAGAUUACGAAUAUAUUACAAAGCAUGCUUACGCUAAAGUCUUCUGGGGAUAUUACCAUAUCAAUUGAAGAAAGACAUAAAAUUCGAAGUGCUUAUGAUAGACUGGUUGCAGCCAUUAGCACAUUGGAAUACGACUAACCUGGAAUAACAAGUUCGAGACUCAAUGGAGUUCAUGGUAAAGAAAGAGUUCAGCAACACAAUAGUCAUUCAAUUUUCUUUGAUGACAUCUAAAAGCUAACGUCUGCCAAUAGAGUGGAGAAAUUAUGGGACACAUUUGGCAGAAGAUAAACAGCAUUCAGUAAGUUGUGAGAAACGUAAGUGUCAAGUCUGUUCUGUUGCAAGAACUCAAGAGACAUCUCUGUCAACGGUGAACAUCAUAAGCCUUGUUAAGUCAACAGUGUAAGCUGUGUUGUCGGUGACUCAAUCUGAUGUCAACUCAAGUAAUGAUUAGGAUGCUAUUUGGCAAUUUGAUUUUUCCAUCUGCAGGUUUUGGAUAAGUUACAAUUACAAUCGAGUCUCAUUUCGUAGGGUAUUCCAUAAUAGUCAGUCAGCACCCUACAUUUUAUAGUCACAUUUGUAAUUUUGUGUUCUUGCCAUAACGAGAAAAGGCAGAGAGAGAAUGAAGGCAUAUAGGUAUAGGAUCCAACAGCAUAUGUCAGGGCUCUAACAUUUCCUUCAAGCUGAGUUUUGCAAUGAAUUCUAAUAACAAGUUAUUUUCGAAUGUAAAGCAACUCGAAGACUGAUUUAAGGAGUAGUAUUUGUAUUAUGUUCGUUAGUUGUUUUUCCA